UAUUGAUUACAAAUUCAAAAUUAUUAGUACGUGAUAUACAUUUUUGGCAACAAUAAUUCCAAAUUUCUGUUUAUAUAAAUUCUAAAUUUUAAGUUUUUAAGACAAUUCAUAAUGCCGGACGAAAAAGAAAAUAAGGGGGAUGAUAAGGAUAAAAGGGUCAAGUUACAGGUUGAAGGUGAAGAUGAAGUGGGGGAAGGCGAGACGGGCCGAAAGAAGAUGAAAAGGUUUCAGCUUCCCCCCGUUCCAAGAUGGUGGCAAGCCAAAAUUAUUCAAUAUGCCUUUGCGCACCCCCAUGUUCGUGCUCGUUUGGAGAAGCACAUGGGCUCGAAUCUGGUGAGACUCACGGACAAGAGCUACAUGAAUGAUCUGGAAGAUAGAAUACGAGCCGUCAACGAAGAGGGACUGAGUAAGAGAAUCACAAACAGAGUGCUCGAUGAAAUGGAAAGGUUGAAACGUCUUAUUCUCGUUGGCAAAACACCUCUGAAAGAAUGUCCACCGGAGCUCUUCCAUCACCCCGUGUUUGUGUUCUGGAGGAUGGUCAACAAAGAGGUUGCAAGAGCAUCUAAGAAACGGGCCGAUGCGUACUACAGAAAAUUGAAAACUUCACAAAAGUUGGAGCAGUCACAAGAAGAAGAAGUUGAGGCAGAAGGUGUGGAAGAAGAGUCUGAGCAGUUGACGGCCAGGCAGCUCCUCGCCAAGUGUCAAGAGGAACUGGAGGAGAUCAAACAGGCUGAUGUAGAGAAAGGGGUCCGCUUUACAGAUGAACUGUUCACCCAACUCAAGUAUGAAACCAAUGAUGUUAAGACCCUGAAAACUCUCAAUACGGUGGAUGAAUUGUACGCUUUGGCUGAUAAAAUCAUUGGAACCAAAAGAUUAUAAGGCAUUUAAAAUUAAGCUUAACGUCAUGUAGUUUGUUCUUUUUAGCAUUUUUGUAUUUUGUAAACGUAUUAAAAACAUUGUAAACGAUUUAUUUACACUAUAGAAUAAGAACAAUGUCUGUAUUUAAUAAAAGUAUUGAACUAUC